AUGCAAAGAUUACAUGAACUUCAACAACAAACAUAUUCAUCGACAGCUAACGAUAUGACUAUUUCUUCUGCUCUUCUCGAUCAACAUCCUAUUCUUCGAGACAUUAUUCAUGUAUUUCAAAAUUCUUCAUCGCAAUCGAAUCGUUUUCUCAACACUUUUAAAUAUACAGUUAUCGAAACAAUUAUUUCAAAUCAUGAUCGUGCAAAGACUCAUUAUUCUUACAAUGAUUCUAUUCGUGAUUUUGCUUCGUGUGUCUACAUUCUCGGUGGUCGAAAUGUGUAUGAAUUCAUUCGCAUCAACAUUCCAGGUUUUCUUCCAAGUUUAACUACCAUUCAAUAUUUACUUGACUCGACCACAAGCCGAAUCGAAGAAGCAGAAUUUAGAUACAACCCCAUGUCCGAUUAUCUUGCAUCUGAAAAAAUAAAUCUUAUAUUUGUUGCUGAAGACUGCACGGCUGUAGUGCCCCGAAUAAUAUAUGAUGUUAAAGCGAACACAUUUAUUGGUUUCACACCUCCUCUUGAAAAUGGCUUGCCAAAAAUGAAUUCAUUUUCAACUGAAUCCUUUUCUGAACUCGAAAAAUGGUUUAAUACACUAACCAGAUCUCAUUUUCUUAACCUUCAAAUGAUUCAACCGAUUAAUCCAAAUGGUGUUUCUUGUUCAUCAUUCCUUCUUGCUGCUUAUGGAACUGAUAAUCAAUUCAAAACCGAAGAUACAUUAAUGAAGUGGAUGAGUGUUGUUAAUCAUUGUAAUGAAAAGCAUGUAAAAGUGGUCGGUUUUGCCACCGACUGUGAUCCACGUUAUUUACGCUCAAUGCGUCUUUUCAUGGACUUUUAUGCUGAUAUGCCAAAUCAACAAAUCCAUUUACGUGAUGAUGCCUUUCAUGCUAAAGUUCCUAAAGUAGUUUCAAUAUUUUAA